AUGAGUGAGCUGGUGCACCAUCUGAGUAUGUUCGCACAGGCCACACCGGGAGUCAGUGCGUCAUAUGCCCAUGUCAAAGGCCACUCAGGGGACCCCUGGAACGAUCUAGCUGACUUUGUGGCGAAGACUGCCUCCAGCCAUCAACAUACCUGGCCUGCACCGCCCAAUGACCUCUGUGUGGCUCUAUGUCAACAGGACAUUUCUUGGUUGGCACCGGAACAGGACGCUAGGGUGCACCAUGCGCUUCCGUGCCUAGAUGGUGCCUUAGUAUGGGCUCCUCCACUUCCGGGCGGGAACCUCAUCUCGCCUGAGAAUCUGGUGCCGACGACCUCUGCGGAAGGGGCUGCAGCGACCGAUUGCGCCACCUUUCAGGCCUGCUUCGCGACGAUCAACGUCCAGAGUCUUAGCAAGAAAUGCCAAUAUAUCGAGGAGCAGCUGCAUGCACGAAGCAUCAAUGUUGCUUGUCUGCAAGAGACCAAACUGCCGGGUGGGACCCUCACCUCCAAGCAUUAUCUCCGUCUGCACACUCAUGCUGACUCACACUGGGGUGUUGCCGUGUGGAUCCACCGAAAACUUGGCCUGUGUCGAUCUGGGGACGCCGUCCUCACAGCUGAUGAAAAUGAUGUGGCGAUCCUACAUGAGGACCCACGAUUGAUAGCCUUGCUUGUCACGAUUGGUGAGGUGAGAGUCGGUAUUCUCAGUGGGCAUUGCCCUCAUGCCCACCGUGCUGAAGAACGCGAUGCAUUCCUUAAGACGGUUGGGCCCCUCCUUCAGCGAGUUAAGCAUGCUAACCUGGUGAUAGGAGGGUUCGACCUCAAUGGGAGAGUGCCCAUCAGUUUCUCUGGUGUCAGUGGCAACCUUGAGUUUGGGGACCCUGAUGAAGCUGGUUGGCACUUCGCCUCCCUCCUGGCAGAAGGGGGCAUGUGGAUCCCAUCUAUGUACCAUUGCGGCGACUCUGCCACAUAUACGCAUCCCAAUGGCCAGCAGCACCGUAUUGAUUAUGUCUUCCUUGGUGGUCAGGCUGUUGUUGAGAAAGCCAGGUCUGAAGUCGACGACUCCUUUGACAAUGGCAGCCCGCAGGAGGACCAUAAGCUCCUCACUCUCAGCCUCCAGGGGAUGCUAGAUGCGUCAGGUCGGGUGCGGCACAGGGCCAAACUCUGGAGGGAUAUACUGAUUCGGGCCUUUGCCCAAUGGAAGGUUGCAGGUGAAGGCCACCAUGGAGCAGCCAAAAUCCUCCAGAGAGUAAAGAAGGCAGGCAUGGGUGGGGCCAAAACGCGUCCGCUAUCACGGCCACUGCCCAUGCUCCUACACCCGGACAGUGGGAUGACCAUAGCAACACGCAAACAGCGCGAUCAAGUCUGGAUGCUCCAUUUCGGCAAACAGGAGCAAGGCAGUGCCACCAACAUCGAUGACUUUCUGGCAGAGGCCCAAUGGAGCUGCUAUGAUGGCAAUGUCAUUUGGGAUGUCGGAUACCUCCCAUCCUACCUUGACAUAGAAAAAGUGCUCCAUGAUAUCCCGCGGAACAAGGCUGCGGGCCUUGACAAUAUCCCAGGAGAGGUGCUAAAAGCUGCACCUGCAGCUGCUGCACGUGCUCUGCUCCCCCUCUUUGUCAAAUCGAUGUUGACCCAGCACCAGCCGGUGCAGUGGAGAGGGGGUGUGCUCUUUGAGGCCUUCAAGAGAUCCGGCCUACAAAGCUCGGUUGACAAUUAUCGCAGCCUAUUUGUCUCCAGCUAUGUUGCAAAAGCCUAUCACCGUGUCGUUCGCAACAAAGCACAACAGUACAGCAGAGACGAAAUGCACCCGUUGCACUUGGGGUCCAAGAAACUAGCGCCUGUGACCUUUGCAGCACUCUUUGUCCUUUCACAUUUUCGCCGAUGUCACUCCCGCCACCGCAGUGCCUCCGUUCUCUACUUAGAUACAUCGGCAGCCUACUAUCGCAUUGUCCGAGAACUCGCCGUGGGUGAUAUUAGGGCUGACGAUACUGUGCUGCGAUUGUUCCACAGGUUUGGGCUUUCUGGCGACGAUGUGCAGGAGUUGCUUGAGACUGUGCAAGCAGGGGGAAUGAUGGCACAGGCUGGAGCUCCUGAAGCCCUGCAACAGGUCGUGAAGGACAUCCACCUUCACACCUGGUUUGUCACCAGGUCUUCCUGGAGCGCCGGGAAUGGACCAUGGAAGGAUGAAACCACGGUCAUCGCGAUGAUCCUCAAGGUCCUGCAGAAGCACCCCCUCUACUUUGCCGAGGAGGUGGAGAUCCUUGACAAGGCGAAGGAAGAUGUGGAAGCUCUCGACGAUGAUGAUGUCGCAGACAGCUGCGUGCCUGGAACCCCGGGAUUGCUUCAGCGGGUCCUAAGUGAUGACAGGGCCUGGCACCGACCUGUUGAAGACCAGGCUGUCAGUGCUCGUACGGCUGACCUUUCGCUGCAAUCCUUCCAGUCUGAGUGGGAGAGCCAUGAUUGGGCAGGGCUCUUGAAGCUUUGUAAAGACGAAUGCGUUACCCCUGAGGGUGCACCUGUAAUCCUGGACUUGAAGUGGGAAGCUUCGAGUGUCAAGCCCAGUGGUGCACAAGAAGUCGAAGCCGCGUUUGAUGAUCCCACUUGUUUUGUGCCCAGCCAAGUCCGUGCCUUGUGCAGACAAGCCCUCCAAGGGCUAGUAAAGGAGAUUCAGGCACCGGCAACCUUCUGGGCGAGCCCAUUUGGACUCAUCUUUAAGAGUCUGCGGGCAGCUGUGCAACCAUAA